CUCUUCCGGCCGUUGCAAGCGUUCUCGUUUGCGUCCUUUCGUUGUGUGUGCUUCGUGCCACCAGUCACUCCUUACCCGACCCGGCCGUUCCUUGGCCCGUCACUCCUUUCUUGUAUACUCACUUAUACUCACUCUCUAUUCGUAAUGCUCACCAAGACCCUGGCCAUCGCGGCCCUCGCCGCCGCCCCGGCGCUUGCCACCCCGGCCGUCAAUGUCUACUGGGGAUCGGGCCCCGGCACUGACAGACUCCGGGACUACUGCGACAGCACCGGCUUUGAGAUGGUCACGCUCGGCUUCGUCAACAGCUCGCCCGAGAACGAUCCGUCGGGCCUGAGGUACCCCGGCACCGACUUCGGCGGCCACUGCGUCGCCGCCGCGUACCAGAACGACGACACCAAGGUCAACUCCCGGCUUCUCAGCCAGUGCGGCCUGAUCUCGGCCGACAUCAGGUACUGCCAGAGCAAGGGGAAGAAGGUCCUGCUCUCCAUCGGCGGCGAAUUCAACCCGCCAAAGGCAAACUACACCGUCUCGAGCGCCGCUGAAGGGCGCCGCUUCGCCCAGUUCAUCUGGGGCGCCUUUGGUCCCUACACGCCCGCGUGGAAGUACACCAGCGGGAUGGGCAAGCCAAGACCCUUCGACGACUGGUAUGAGGGUGAAGGCCCAGAGCACUUCGUGUUUGACGGCUUCGACUUCGAUAUUGAACACAAAUUUGAUGACCAGUCCGGCUAUGUCGCCAUGGUCAAGGAGCUUCGUGAUUUGACCAGCCUGGACACGAGCAAGAAUUAUCUGAUCACGGCCGCACCCGAAUGCCCCACGUCUGACGAAUGGUUCAAGAUGAAGACCAUCAUCUCCCAGAGCCAGUUUGACCAGUUAAACAUUCAAUUUUAUAACAACCCCGUCUGUGAGGGCUCCAAAGUCAACUUUAAGGACUGGACGACUUUCCUCGCAAACACCAAGAGCAAGAAGGCGAAGAUAUUCAUUGGUUUGCCCGGUUCUCCGGCCGCCGCCACCUCGGGCUAUCUCCCGCCGUCCCAGGCAGGCGAUUUGAUUAACCAGUACAAGAACAACCCGGCGUUCGGAGGCGUCAUGGUGUGGGAUGCCUAUUACGGCAGCAAGAACGCCAACGACGGGCAGGCUUAUAUCGACUUCGUCCACGAGGCAGCAUGUGGCAAGCCAACCACGACCACGACUAGCACUGCCCCGACGGCGACCCCGACUGCUUGCGUUCAGACCUACAUAGUCCUCCCGGGCGGAAAUUGCUUUGACAUCUCGAACAAGUUCGGGUUCGACGUGGCUACGCUAAGGAGCCUCAACCCCUGGCUUAACGACGAUUGUUUACUCAACAUCGGCGAUAAGCUCUGUGUGAAGCUCGGCUUCCCACCCGAGACCACCACCACGAGCACGGAGACCUGCACGGAGACCUCCACGGAGACUUCAACCGAGACUUCCACGGGGACUGCCACAGAGACUUCUACCGAGACCUCCACCGAGACCCCCACGGAGACUUCAACCGAGACUUCCACGGGGACUGCCACGGAGACUUCCACCGAAACUGCCACGGAGACUGCCACCGAGACUUCCACGGGGACUGCCACGGAGACUUCCACGGGGACUGCCACCGAGACUGCCACCGAGACUGCCACCGAGACUGCUACGGAGACUGCCACCACGAGCACAGAGACCUCCACGGAGACUGCCACCGAGACUUCGACCGAGACUUCGACCGAAACCGCUACGGAGACUGACACGGAGACUGCCACGGAGACUGCCACAGAGACUGCCACAGAGACUGCCACAGAGACUUCGACCGAAACUGCCACCGAGACUGCCACCGAGACUUCGACCGAAACUGCUACGGAGACUGCCACCACGAGCACGGAGACCUCCACGGAGACUGCCACCGAGACUUCGACCGAAACUGCUACGGAGACUGCCACCGAGACUGCCACGGAGACUGCCACAGAGACUUCGACCGAAACUGCCACGGAGACUGCCACGGAGACUGUCACCGAGACUGCCACCGAGACUUCGACCGAAACUGCUACGGAGACUGCCACGGAGACUGCCACAGAGACUACCACGGAAAGCUCCACCAUCACCUCGGCUCCUGAGACCACUACCACCACGAGCGCUAGUGCUGCCACUAGCACCUCGACUGAUGAUGACGAUACGUGCCCGGAUGACGAGACGAGCACUUCGGCCACGGAGACUGCCACGGCAACUUCCUCGACGACCGCCACCGAGACUGCCACCGAGACAUCCAGCGAGACGGCCACGCAAACGUCUAUCGAGACUACCGCAGUGACCUCCACCGAGACUUCCACGGAGAUCACUACGCCAACGUCUAGCGAGACUGCCACGGAGAUCACUACGCCAACGUCUAGCGAGACUGCCACGGGGACCUCGACCGAAACUGGUACUGCGACCGCCACGGAGACUGCGACCGCUACGGAGACUGCGAGUGAGACUUCCACACAGUCCCAAGUCGGUACCAGCUCGACCACCACCGUGUCGCAGAGCUAUACGACGUCGACGAUCUACACGACGAGCACCUACACCAUCACGUCGUGUGCGCCCACCGUCACGGACUGCCCGGGCAAGGUCGGCCAGGUCACGACCGAGACCAUCGCCGUCAGCACCACCGUCUGCCCCGUGACGGCCACCGAGACGGCGGUGCCCCAACCGACCCUGUCGCUUCCCGCCGGCUGGACCACGUCAACUGUCUACGAGACCACGACAUACACCAUCACGUCGUGUGCGCCGACUGUGACGGACUGCCCGGGCAAGAUCGGCCAGGUCACGACUGAGACCGUCGCCGUCAGCACCACCGUCUGCCCCAUCACCGAGGUUUCCUCCGCCGCCGCUCCCGCUUCGUCCUCGAAAGCGCCCGGGCUCGAGGAGGUGGACUCGACCUCGACGACCAGCGUCACCACCACCCGCUUCACCACCCUGACGGUGCCCAAGCCUGGCUCCACCACCAUCGGCCUCCCCGUCUCCAGCGGCGCGCCGUCGUCCAACCAGCCGCCCGUCCAGUCCUCGCCAGCGGCGUCCUCGUCAUCGUCGUCCAAGCCGGCACCGUCGGCUGGCUUCUCCACCACCGCACCGGCCCGCCCCACGGCUACGCUGCCGGUGACUGCUGGUGCCGGCCGCAACGUGGCCGCCCUGGGUGCUGUGAUGGCUGCUGCCAUGUUCUUUGCGCUGUAAUGGGAAAAGUUGGUGGGGACGUCUAGAUGUUCUCAUUUCUGGGUGGUCUCUUUUAUGCAUUUUUAGGUUUCUUGGGUAGCCUACCUAUGUGACGAGCUUAAUGUAGGAUAUCGCCUUUUCUGUGUGUUUGGAAAGAUUUGAUGAUGUGAGAGAAUUGAAA